AUGCAAGGGCUUCAGCCACUUCUGGGAUCCCAACAUGGUGAAUGGCAGCCUGAUUCGCUGCCUGCACUGAUCCAUGAACAAGGGCGCCUAGACCAGCUUGUUCAGACUUCAGAGUGGGCAAAAGUCGCCGCAUCAACAUUUAUCUGCGACACAUCUUCCUGUGGCGGAGACCAUUUUCUUUUUGAUGAUGAGAUCGAGAUUAGGAUCUCAGCUAUUGUGUUCCUCCUGGCCAACCGCAUCUCGCUCGAGCAGCUCAUCCAGCCCAUCGCCAACGGCGCCACCGUGCUCUCCCUGGACACCGACUUUGAUGGCUGUAUGCGGCUCAUCAGGGAGGUGACCGCUAAGUUGCCCAUUUACCUUGCCAAUUCGCUCAACUCUCUCAGGCUCGAGGGGCAGAAGACAGCAGCCAUUGAGAUACUGCAGCAGUUUGAUUGGGAGGUCCCCGAUUGGGUCAUUGUCCCAGGAGGCAAGCUCAGAAACAUAUAUGCAUUCUACAAGGGAUUCGAGAUGUGCCAUGUUCUUGGUCUGGUUUAUCGUCUGCCUCGGCGUGUCUGCGCACAGCCUGCCAAUGCCAACCCACUGUACCGCUACUACAAGUCAGGGUGGACGCAGUUCCGGCCACAAGUGGCCGAGCCUACAUUUGCAUCGGCGAUUCAGAUUGGUGACCCUGUAUUUGUCGACCGUGCGGUGGUCGCACUCAAGGCAACAAAUGGCAUCAUCGCGGAGGCCACAGAGGAGGAGCUCACGAACGCAAUGUCCCUCGCUGACCGCACUGGCAUGUUUGCGUGCCCGCACACUAGGGUCGCGCUCGCGGCGCUCUUCAAGCUCCGGGAAGAGGGCACCAUCGGGGCAAAUGACCGCACAGUGGUCGUCAGCAUGGCGCACGGCCUCAAGUUCUCCCAAUCCAAGAUAGACUACCAUGAUCAGAAGAUCGAGGACAUGGCCUGCAAGUACGCCAACCCGCCGGUCAGCAUGAAGGCCGACUUCAGCGCCGUCAUGGACGUCCUCAAGAAGAGGCUCAAGGGUAAGCUGUGA